AUGAAUAAAGCAGCAACAUGUGUCAUGCAGGAUUAUAAAGACAUUGUAAUGGCAUAUGGACAGAGUGAUGAGUAUUCAUUUGUGCUACGCAAGAGUUGCACACUUCAUAAUAGAAGAAAAUCAAAAAUAGACCUAUAUCAGCAGUCUCUAUUUCAAAGACCAAAACUGAAGUACCCUCCUUCUUUUGAUGGUAGGAUAGUGCUAUAUCCCACAGAUCAGAAUUUGAAAGACUACCUUAGUUGGAGACAAGCAGACUGCCAUAUCAACAAUUUGUACAACACAACAUUUUGGAACCUAGUUUUAACAGGAGGAUUAACGCCUGCCGAAGCUGAGAAGAGGUUGUGUGGCACGCUAUCAAGUGAUAAAAAUGAAAUAUUGUUCAGUGAGUUUGGCAUAAACUAUAACAAUGAGCUUGAGGUGUACAAAAAAGGCACAAUAUUACUGAGGAAAAGACUAAAACGCCCUAAUAGUGAUAAGCAUAAAAUAGUGAUACUCCACUCCAUAUAG